AUGGAGAACCUCACCACUCAGACAAGUCGCAUUACCAUGGACUCCAGCCUGUCUGCUGGGGCCAAAAUCACCCUCCCGUUUACCCCAUCCAUGCUCAACUACGUCGACAAAAUCUAUAGUUCAUUGACUACGAUGGCUCGCCCCAACUUUCUGACGGAGGUCCAACAUGAGCCCAAAGGCCAGGGGACAACUGCUGAUCCACUCGCUACCGUAGCUGGGUUCUAUGAGUACAUGGCGAGCCCCGAGGCGUCGGCGAUGCGCCCUGCCAGUUCACCAGACCUCUCGGCGCCCAUUACGGACUAUUUCAUCUCCACCAGUCACAAUACGUAUUUGACGGGCAACCAGCUGUACAGUGACUCGAGUGCAAGUGCCUAUACCAAUGUCCUCCUUAGUGGGUGCAGAUCCGUGGAGAUUGAUGUCUGGGAUGGAAAAGCCGAGUCAGACUCUGCACAAUCCAACGAGGCAAGCAGUACUAGUGACUCAAGUUCAAAUGAAGACAAGGGUAGUUCCUGCAAGCCUCGUCGAUCGAAGACGGAACGGUUGAAGAAGGCGAGUGAAAACCAUCGUCAUCUGCGAGCCAUUUCCCAGGAAUUUGGCAAAUUGGAAGGAUUCCUGAAUCAUCAUAAGCCGUCAAUCAGCAAGCAUUCCGACGCUGAAAAGUCGGCCAACUCCAUCACUGUGCCUGGACGUCUGGAGCCGCGUGUAUUGCAUGGUCACACGCUGACCAAGGAGACAAGCUUCCGGGAAGUGUGCUAUGCCAUCCGGGACAGUGCCUUUGUUACGAGCGAUCUCCCGGUGAUUGUGAGUCUGGAAGUUCAUACCUGCCUGGAGCAGCAGCAGACGAUGGUGGAGAUCAUGGAGGAGGCGUGGAAGGGGAUGUUGAUCGAGGUGACGCCGGAAAUCGAAGCCAGAAUGUCUCCACCCCCGCUGGCAGAUUUGAAGCGGAAGAUCUUGAUCAAGGUGAAGCACGUCGAUUCUGCCGAUGAAGAUGAUGACCGCGAGGCCAAUGAAAAGGCUGUUUACUCGGCGCAUAUGCAAGCUUUGAAGCAAGACCGUAUCCCGAAGAAACCGGACGACUUGUCCCCCGAGGCUGUCGCUCCGGCUCCCCACAAGCCGUCUAAGAUCUUGCAAGCGCUCAGUAAAUUGGCCAUUUUCACCAAGGGAUUCCACUUUAGUAAUUUUGCACAGCCCGAAGCCAAGGUGCCCAGUCAUGUGUUCUCGUUGUCAGAAAAGGCUGUACGCGAGGCACAUGCCAAUGACGGAAAUGCCUUGUUCGAGCACAACCGGCACUUUUUCAUGCGGGUUUAUCCGAACGGCAUGCGCGUCGACUCCUCCAACAUGGAUCCCAGCUUCUUUUGGCGACGGGGUGCGCAGAUGGUGGCUCUGAACUGGCAGAGCCUUGACAAAGCGAUGAUGCUCAAUGCAGGCAUGUUCGCGGGGGAACAGGGCUGGGUGCUCAAGCCCCCGGGCUAUCGAGGCUCUGAUGCGCAGCCCGGGAUUAUCCCGCCCCGACGCAUGGAUCUGACCAUCGAGGUUCUUGCGGGACAGAACAUCCCGUUGCCCCCGGGCCACACCAACGAAAAGAAGUUCUACCCGUAUCUGACAUGUCUAUUGCACGUGGAGACACCAGAUGACAGUUUCGCGGCGGGGGAUGAUGACAGUGAUUCCGAAAAGACCGGAUAUAAGCACACGACCAAGAGCGUCACGGGGGUGAAUCCGGAUUUCGGUGGGGAGAAACUGCAAUUCCCGACCGUAUCUGGCUUCCUCGACGAGUUGACCUUUGUCAGGUUCAAAAUCAAGGACAAUGAAUGGAUGCGCAAUGCGCUGGCCGCAUGGGCGUGUAUUCGACUGGAUCGACUGCGCGAGGGUUAUCGAGUGAUCAACUUGUACGACGCAACGGGGGCACCGACCGAGGGGGCAUUGUUGGUGCAUAUUACGAAAGCCUACACUUGA